AUGUGUUACUGAAACGUGUUGUCAUACCAAUUGAAGUCACCAUACAAAUAUUAUAAUUAAUAUUUGAGGAAUUUUAGUUAUAAUACGUGGAUUUUUCUUUACAGAUGAAGUGGCUGGUUGCAGUGUUCGCCUGUAUAAUUUUGGCUGCAGAGGCUAGAGGACCUCCGACAACUGGGAACAGGGGAAAUGGCCCGCCACCCGAGGAUGAGAACAGGGGUCAGGGCCGUACAUCAAGUGGACUUUCCGCCACCAAAAACUUCUGUCGGGGGCUUGCAAUAGGUACCAUUGUCAACGCCAAUGCUACUUUUGACGCAGUCUUCGCUUCUAUUGACCCAGUUUGCGAUGAUCUGCUGGACUUCUUUGCUGCUAACGAACCCUUGCGCGAGCGCCGUACGCCAAGGGGUAGCCGCCCUAGCCCGUCAAGCGGUAGCCGCCCUAGCCCGCCAAGCGGUAGCCGCCCUGGCCCGCCAAGCGGUAGCCGCCCUGGCCCGCCAAGCGCUGCUAGCAUAUUCCGCCGCACAUGCGACCAGGUUGAAAGAAUCCCGCUUGACGAUGGGAACAAGGCCCAGGAGCUUAUUGAUAUCCUCGUCCGCUUCAAUGCAGUAUGUGACGUUCUGGAUUCUAUCUAAACCGGCUGGAAGAACAUACACCAGAUAUGAGCAAAGUUACUAUCGAAAUCCAACUU